AGCCUCAAGACUAUCAACGCCCGACACCGACUCUAUCCGCGAUGGCCCCCACCAAGAAGUCCAAGGCCGCAAAGUCCUCCGAGUCCAUCGCUUCCCGUCUCGCUCUUGUCGUCAAGUCGGGCAAAUACUCCCUUGGCUACAAGUCCGCUCUUAAGCAGAUGCGUUCCGGCAAAGCUAAGCUUGUCCUUAUCGCCGGCAACUGCCCCCCUCUUCGCAAGUCCGAGCUUGAGUACUAUGCUAUGCUCUCAAAGACUUCGGUGCACCACUUCGCGGGCACCAACGUCGCGCUCGGUACUGCUGCUGGAAAGCUGUUCCGCGUCGGUGUCAUGACCGUCACCGACCCUGGUGACAGUGAUCUUCUCACCGUGGCUGAGGGUGCCGCGCAGUAAAAGUAUCACCACCGUACAUGCAUCAUAUGUAUUGCAUCAUAGCAGGCGAUUGUAUGAUUUUAUGAGACAGCCCAUGACCAUCAUACUCAUAAUACUUGC